AGCCCCUCCUAUAGCUGGAGCUGAGUCUGAAACCACUUCCCUGCUGCUGGGAAACCAGUUUUGACUGUUCAUACUUGUGGAAUAGAGCAUACAAGCGUCUUGUAAGUUGUUUGUUUUGUUUUUUACGAUGCAUUCGGACACAGUGGAUAUUUCUGCCUCACCGAGAAAACGGAUCGUCUCGCGCGCGAUGAGCGAGGAAGAGUCUCUUCGACACAUAAUAGAGGCUGAAGAGUCACCCAAGCGCUUAUCUCGCAGAGACAGCAGAUAUGGAUCUCUCAGGAGGGGAGACACAAGAGGAAGUCAGAGUGAAGACGACCCUGCAGAGAACACAUCCACGAUGGAGCUACAGCAGAACUACGAGAUGUGUUUAGCCGAGCUACAGAGCGUUGAACUGCGGCAGGGGGUGUUACUUUUCCAGGUAGAGUGUCUCCAGGAUGCCCUGGAGGGAGCUGAGGAGAUGCUCAUUGAGACCAAGAGGGAAGCUCAUCAAAUCAGCAUGGAGCUGGAACGAGAGAGGGGGCAUAGAAGGAAGUUGGAGAACGAUGUUGCAUUGCUGAUGCAGGAGAUAGAGCGGUUAAAGGAGGAGAAAAUUUCAGUUGCAACUGAAAGUAUAAUACAAGAGCAGAAAGAAUCUGAUGUAAUGACAGAUAAACCUGCUGCUGACGGCGUGGAUGGAUGUGUAUCUGAAGAGAUAAAAUCCGUAGACACACCUUCACAACCUACAGGCUCUACAAACAGUUUUGCUAACUUUGCUGCUGCAGCAUAUCUACUGUUCAAGAACAGAAGAUUAGAGCCAAAUUUCUCCAAACAGCCUGAUUCAGAGGGAACCUCGGUGGACCAGGAGGUAAAACCAGACGUGGUUGGUUCUGAACAGACUACAACAGACGGAAGCAGCCAAAAAUCUCAUGACGCCGAAGACUGCGACGAGAGCAGUGGCUAUGAAGACGCUCCAUCAGAUUUCUCACCUUCGACUCCUGAUGGGUCUUCAGAGGCAGUGUUGCCAGAAGAUGGAGAGAUCGAAAUGAAGAACAGCAAUGAGGCCAGAAAUGCAAAGGAUCCAGAAGCCUGUCUUCUGUCUUGAAGUGGAGGAGUGUGAAACCCGUCUGAUUUUGAGACUGCUUUAAGUAUAAAUUCCUGCUGUUUCCAAAAUGGCUAGAGGGCAUUUUACACUUUUUAUGAAUCUAUGUUUUAGUGCGACUUUAGUCCUAUAUUCAUAAACAUGCUGUACUUUGCCUGGCACAUGUUGCUCUAUAUGGCUGGAUGUUUUUUUUUAUCAGAACUUGAUAUAUCACUGGGGCUUUUUGGGCUGGAGACCAGAAAUAAAAAUUACUUGGACCUCAAGCUCAAGUGGGACUUAGUGGGAUUUUAUGUUACUGAAGUUGUGUAAAAGCUAAAAAUCUAUGACCGCAAAUCUAAUCUCCCCUUCAAACCUGACCUUCAUCUUUGUAUCUGUUCAAACAAAUUAUUUAUUUUUACAGAUGAAAAAUUUGUAAUAUUUCUAUUUUAUACUAAUUGGGGCAAUAUAUUCAUAGGAAGUUUAAAAAAAAUGCUUAGCUAUAUGGUAAAUGGUAGUGGGAGAGUAAAUGGUGAUAUCAAACCCAUUUCUGCUACCCAUGAUGCCCCAGAUGCUUUUUCAUAUGCAUCUAAAAUUUGAAGGAGUUAUCAUAAAGCACUAAAAUUCUGCAUAAAGUGAAGUCUCACACUGUAAGCCAAAAGUGACCUCACAAAUUUUAUAUCAGACUUACAGCCAUAAAAUAAAAGUUUGUUUAUACUGAUUAAAAAUGUCCGCUGGCAGAAUGGAACAUUAGUGUACUACCAGUUAAAAGACUUAUUUUCUUUUACACUGCCUAUUAAGUUACAUCAAGAUACAGCUCCACAAUGCAAACUGCAUUUUGAGCAGGUCUAGUGUGAGCGACUGCAGGAAAGCUGAUGUUUGAACUUGGCAGGAAAAUGGAAAGGAUGACAAUAAUUCUGUGAUGUCAGCAAACUAACAUCAAAUUCAAAAUCUUCAGUAACCACUUGAUCCUGGUCAGGUUUCUGAUGGAUCCAGAGCCUAUUCCACACUGUAAAUCAUGCUAGCCCCAUUGAGUUAUGUGAACAUGUUUCUUCACUUUUUUGUCAUGACAGAUUUUAUAUAGUGAAGUCAAAAAAUUAAAACUUCAAGUAAUCCAUUAUCUUAAAUACUUAUGUGUUGAAACAAAAUUUUCCUUAUGUCGAAUGUAUGCACAUUUUUAAGGUAGCAAGUAAACUUGUAUUGAGGUUUAACCAUUUUAAGAUGUCUUACGGUGCAGAAAUUCUGGGACACCAGUCCAUUGCAGGGCAGCAUUCACUCACAGCUAGGAGCAAUUUAGCAAUAAAAAUCCACUUACCAAUGUGUUUAUGAGAAGUGGAAAGGAAAACCCAGAAUAGAACCAGUCAUACAUAGUGAGUACGUGCAAAAAUAUACAAUAAUAAUAUUUCAAAUGACUUCAAUUUGGGAAACUUUUUCACAUACGGCACUAUUAUUACUAAACUUCUGUCUAAGCAGGGUUUCAACAGUCAUCAAAUGAGGCGCUGUAGCUAGAUACUACUGCUGAAAUUUCCAUCUUUAAAUUAUUAAUUAACAGAGCCAGCUGCAAUUUAUAUGACUAUUCUGAAUUAUUAUAAUUAUUGUUAUCAUUAUUAUUAAUAAUGACAAUAUCACAAUAUUUACAAUAUUGCUCAUUUUUAGCACUGCGUUUUUAGCUGCUGGCUAAACUGUUCAUUGAUAUUUUAUGCUAUAGAAUGUAUAUUUGUCAGCUUGAGUGAUGCACUUGGUUCACUUUCCUUCUUUGAUUCUGCCUAUCUUGACUGUCUGACUGUACUUGCAAUUGAAUUUGUAUGUUCUCAGGGUGGAUACAGAUGCAGAUUUCCGGGAAUGCUGUUAUCUAAAUUAGCAAGGCAAGAUGAAGUGGCAAGUCACGUGAAGAAGCUUGCAUGCUUUUAUUAGCUUAUGUCAGUUUCUCUGUGUGUGUGUGUGUCUGUCAGUGGAACCUCGAAUCAAUCAUUUCCCAAAACAUCACUAAUGAUCAUUACCUUAUUGAUUCUAUAGUCGUAAUUUCUUCUAUUUUGUAAAAUGGUUCUUUUUGGAAACAAGAAGGUUUGUUGAUUUCAAUCAGAUUCACGACAUGUAGCCUGCUAUUUCCUGCUUUAUGUCAGAGCUUGUUACUGAAGAAUGAUGCAUGCACAGAAUAGACAAACGCUCAUGAGAUAAGCUCAUGCAAAUCAUUACAGGCGUUACAAUUCAAUGAACAGUUACAAUACAUUCUACUUAAAAUGUAAUAUUUUAAAAGUUUAUUUUGUUCUAUGUCAGAAUAAGGAAGAAGCUGUUAAUUUGUAUCCACAUUGAAGUGCUGUUUUUAGCUGCUUUUUGUAAACUCAGAUAUCUACAUAUAAUGUUUUCUGAAUUGUUUUCUGAAAAAAAAAAAAGAAGUAAAUAAUAAACUGCUUGGUCAAAUGAACUAUAUAUUAAUAGUUCUUUUGAAUUGUUCCAUUUCCAUUUAUACCUUUGUCAGAUGUUUUUUUUUUGAGACACAAUCCUGUACAGCAGGAAUCUUUUACAUUUGAGAGUGCACAAUUAACCAUAUUUGCCCUGACUAUUGCAUAUCCUGUGCCUACUGUCUAUACUUGCAUGUAUUGUUUCAUGCUGGUCAUUAUUAAUCAAGUAGAAAGAUGCUGAUAUUAAAAUGUUCUGUCACAAUAAUUGA